AUGGAACGAACCGAUCAACACACCUACGCAGAAUUCUUUUUUACGCAAGAGUUCGCAUAUCACAACAACUUCCAUCGACGACAGGAGAACAUCAAACGGAAGUUCUCUCGGAUGGUCAACAGUACCUGUAGCUUCAACGUCAACACGACACCAACGAUCAACGAUCGGGCCAUACUCAACGUCACGCAAAAGACGGUUCCCACGGAAGCGAUGAUACUCCUCAGCCUUGGCCCCAAAUUCUCCCUUCCAUAUACCACACUCCUCCAAGUUCCAGUUUUCCACUUGAUAGCCGACGUGGAGAACAUUCUUUCAACAGCACGUGAUCACGAAACUGCAAAUCAAACUAGAGCGCAGAUCGUGAACAUGAUUCAGAACUACAUCAACAGGACUAAAAGGGUUAGUAACACUGACUCUCUAACGCAGUUCUGCAAAAAAGCCAUAUCCAGCACUAGGCAAUUCAUCAAGAACAAUCCCGACGUUCUCAUCAUGGAAGCGGACAAAGGAAAUAGAACAGUCAUAAUGGACCUACAGGACUACAACAUGAAAAUGGGCAGCCUGGUAGAGGACACCACCAUCUAUGAGGAAAUAAAGAGGGAUCCAACUACGAAAUAUCAGAAGGACAACAACAACAUCGUCAGAAGACUACUGGAUCUAAAACUCAUUGACAACAGAACCAGAUACAAGUUGACGAAUAAUGCAGCGGUGUGUCCAAGAAUAUAUGGACAGCCAAAGGCACACAAACCAGGCCUACCAUUGAGACCAGUGGUGCCCAACGUCACAGCUCCCACGUAUGAGCUGUCAAAGUACAUCGCCAAUAUACUACAGAAGGCAUUCAGCAGCAGCUUCAACAUUAAAGACUCAUAUGCAUUCUGUGAGUACGUCAAUGGUCUACAAGUACCUCCAGAUCACCUAAUUGUCUCCUUCGACGUGAUAUCACUAUUCACGAACGUUCCGAUCGACUUAGUGAGACAGGGAAUCAUCUCAAUGUGGACAGAUAUAAAAAAGCACACCAAUAUCAAUCUAGAUUUCUUCAUUGAGAUCGUAGAGUUCUGCGUUGAUGCCAGCUACUUUUGCUUCCGAGGGAAAUUUUAUCACCAAAAGUUUGGUACAGCUAUGGGGAGUCCGCUCUCACCAAUUCUCGCGGACAUAGUGUUAGAAAACCUAAUGUUAUGGGCUGCGAGAACAGCAAACAUUCCUCCGGAAUUAAUCAAGAAAUAUGUAGAUGAUACAUUCAUCAUCCUACAUAAAAACCAGAUAGAGACAACACUCCACACCUUCAAUAGAUACAACACACAUUUGCAGUUCACAUGUGAGAUCGAGAAAGACAACAAACUAGCAUUCUUGGACACGAUGGUGAUCAGGACCGAGAACAACACUCUUAAAACUGAUUGGUAUGCGAAGCCAAUUUCAUCUGGGCGGUUGCUGAAUUUCUAUUCCUUCCAUCCGUACGACCAGAAAAUAGGAGUUGCGUCCAAUUUCAUAGAUAGAGUGCGAGCAUUCAGCAAAGUCAAAACAAAACACGAACAAGAUCAGCUCAUACUACAACGGCUACAGGAAAACAACUACCCAAAGCCUCUGAUUAACAGAUUGCUCCAUCGUCAACCUCCACUCCCACAACCCGUUCCAGCUUUAUCUUCACCUACAACAACCGAUACGGAGCCGAUCCAAUACCGAUCGAUUCCGUAUGUACACACUCUUUCAUCUAUGAUCAGCAAAACCUUGCAAAACAACAUCCCAUCGAUCAGAGUCACAACACGAAGUACCAACACCAACCAGAAGCUAUACCCCAACCCCAAAGAUCCAGUCCCACAAUCGCACAAGUAUAACAUUGUGUACGAAAUACCCUGCCAAAACUGCCGUUCCUGUUACGUGGGGAUGACCACCAACAGCCUCCAGAAGAGACUGUCUGGGCACCAGUCCACUAUCAACUCUCUGGACAACAAACUGCAACAAGGACACCAAUACCAUGAACCGGAAAUCCAACACCUCAAGGGCCGUACUGCUCUCGUGGAGCACUGCAUCGACCACCAACACAGAUUCGACCUAACAAACACAAGAAUAGUAGAUCACACGUUCAAGAGAUCGACACUCCCGAUUCUCGAAAUGUGUCAUAUAGCAACAAAUCCACACACUAUCAAUAGACGCACAGAUACAGAUAAUCUAAACAGAUCAUAUAGCAAUAUUAUACACACACUGCGAAAACCUGUUAGAGAUCUCCCUCAAACCAGCCAUAGCAAUAACAACAUUCCAUCCUCUCUCGAUGUACAAUAG